AUGAUCUUCUCGUCUGACAGACCUCAUUUGGACAUACCAACCAGCCUCCCCAUCUGGGACUGGCUCUUCGACUCCCCAUACUCUCCUCUCUACCGAUUCUCCCCCUCCGAACUGGGCGGAUUCACCAACGCAGCCACCGAGGAGACGGUCCGCUACGAUGAGGUCAAGGAAUACACAACUCUCAUCUCGACCGCGCUGGUCAGGAAGUACGGUCUGAAAGAGGGUGACACGGUGGCACUCUUCGGCCCCAAUACCAUCUGGUAUCCGGUGGCUAUGCUUGCUACCAUCCGCGCAGGCGGCGUGAUCUCCGGCGCUUCGCCCGCUUACAAUGUGGAGGAAAUGACCUACGCGUUGAAGACGGGCCAGGCCAAAUUCCUGAUGACGGUGCCGUCGUCGAUGGGUGUUGCUGUGCCGGCGGCGGAGAACGCUGGGAUCCCGACGGAGCGUAUCUUUCUGCUUGAGGGGGAGAAGGAGGGGUAUACAACUGUCCGGCAGCUGAUUGACAUUGGCAGAAGCUACGGACCCAGUGGACAGACUCCGUCUUUCACGAUCCCAGCCGGCAAGACAAACCGGGACGUCUGUGGGUUUCUGAGCUUCAGCAGUGGGACGACGGGGUUGCCUAAAGCCUGCAUGCAGGUGGAUCAGGUCACUCCCCCGGACCGCAAGAAGGCCUUGGCCGUGCUGCCUCUGUUCCACAUCACCGGCCUGGUGCACCAGAUGCACCUCCCCAUCCUGCGGAACGCCCACGUCUACAUGCUUCCAUCCUUCACCAUGGAAUCCACGCUGGCCACCAUCGUCAGAUACCGAAUCCCCGAGGCCCUCCUCGUUCCACCCAUCAUCAUCCGCCUCCUCCGCGACCCGAUCGUACGUAACUACGACCUCUCGCAUCUGCAGACUUUCUCCUCCGGCGCGGCACCGAUAUCAGUCGAACUGCUGCAGGAGCUCGAGCGCCGAUUCCCAGGCACCGGGUUCAAGCAGGGAUACGGGAUGACCGAGUCCUGCAGCUGCAUCACGACCCACCCGCCAGACAAACAGACGUACCGGUACGCGCACACCGUCGGCACGAUCGUCGCCAACACCGAGGUCAAGAUCAUCGACACCGAGUCCGGGCGGGAACUGGGGUACAACGAACCGGGGGAGAUCCUGGCGCGCGGGCCGCAGGUGGUGAUGGGGUACCUGGGCAACGAGAAAGCGACGCGCGAGACCUUCGACGCGGAGGGCUGGCUGCAUACGGGUGACGUGGGCUUUAUCGACCGCGAGGGCUUCAUCACCAUUACGGACCGCAUCAAGGAGAUGAUCAAGGUGAAGGGGAUUGGGGUGUCGCCGGCGGAACUGGAGGAUCUGUUGCUGGGUCAUCCGGUCGUGGAAGACGCCGCUGUUACUGCCAUGCCGGAUGAAUACUCCGGGGAGAGGCCCAAGGCGUAUGUGGUGGUCAAGCCUGGUGUUCGGGGAACGGUUUCUGGUCCAGAGGGGUGGGUGGAGCUUGGACACCGGCUGAUCGACUACGUGAGGGAGAAGAAGGUGCGGCACAAGUGGAUUGUGGAGGUGGAGUUUGUGGAUGAGAUUCCUAAGAGUGCCAGUGGGAAGAUCCUGCGCCGGGUUCUUAGGGAUCAGGAUAGAUCUGGCAGAGAAAAGGUGGUGGUUCGUGUAUUGAUCCUCUCAUCCUCUGCAAGGAGUGAUAUUAUUGCGGUUGCUACGUCAUCCAUCCUGUACUCCGAUCGAUCGAUCGUGCUUCAACAAAUAUUCCCAUCCGCAUCCCAAAUCCACUACACAUCCUUUCAUACCCUACCCAAAAGCUCAAUGGCCCCAUUAUCCCGGACAUUCCUUUUUGGAGGUGAUCGACCAUGGUCCCCCACAAACUGGACCUCCUCUGACGACCGCGUCCGGGGCGGCUCCUCACAGUCCAGCCUUACCAUCCUGCCGAACAACACAGCCCAAUUCCACGGACAUUUGGACAUCACCACCCUCGGCGGAGCAGGUUUUGCCUCGCAGCGGACAACGGACGAGUUAUCCUGGGAUCUAUCCGACGCCGACGGGCUCGAGCUGAGCAUCACCGGUUCCGACGGGAAACUGUACACGCUCACCCUCAAAGACGAGAUCCUGCCCAAGCGGCCUGACGGACGUGAACAGAGUACGAUUAGCUGGGAGUACGACUUCCAGAUGGCGGAGAAGGGCAGUGUGAGAGUGAAAUGGGGGGAUAUACGAGCGACGUACCGCGGGAGGGAAGUUGAGGAUGCGGAGCCGCUGGAUCUGAAGAAUGUCAAGCGGAUUAUUUCUUCGGGACACAAGAAGGCGACUUUUCUCUGGACAUUGCCUCCAUCGCUGCGUUCCGUACAGAGACAUACAGAGAUGACCCGGAGGACUGCGAACCCACCCCAAUUAACGAGAAACAAGCGAAUUCAACAAGACGCAGCGGAUGGCGAUGGCUAUUAG